AUGGCAUUAGUGGACGAGAGUAAGAUUACUGUUGAGACGGAGACGGUGGAUACACAGGCGCAGUUAUUACUUCCAGUACAGCCUCCGCCAGCGGUGGCGAACGAACAGGGAUGCGUGCGACCGGAACUGCUACAUUCGAGGCAAUCUUCAUCGCAGCAGGUAGUGGAUGCGGUCGGAAGUGGUGAGGCUGCUUUGGCAAGUGUUGGAAUGGUGCAACAUAGUUUGGAGAGUAUGGAUGGAGGAGGGAGUCAAGAUCGAAAGUCGAUACUACUUGAUGAGAGGCCGUUGAUUAAAGAUCCGACAAAGGGAGCUGUUUCAGCUUCCCAGCCGGUUAUUUCGCACAAUCCUUUGUCUCCUCACCCGUCGGUUACUGCACUACGAAGUAAGAAAUCAUCGUUACUUAUUGAUUCGUUACCGACUGGGCCGGCAGUUGUUGUUGAAGAGGACACAAGAGAGCAUGAGCUAGGAAGUGGGGUUGGCGGAAGCAGCGGAGCUGUCCCUGGCUAUGUUGGCUGUUCAUCACAAGUACACAACACAGCCGUCCAAAGCGAUGGGGAUCAUAUAAAUAGUACAGUAAGCGCUGCUAACGAGACGAUGCUGCUGGGACCCAGUGCUAUUCAUACAAGAGGUGUAGAUCACCAUUAUAUUGAGAGGACGAACGCAGGGAGAUUGGAGGAGGAGUCGCGUUCAAUAAUUGAGGAUACUGUAGACCAAGAAUCUACCCGACAGUCUAAGGAACCGUCGACAAAAGCCGAUUUCUUUGCUGCUAGGUUGGCAAGUGCUGUCGGCGAGAACGAAAUAAGCGAUUCGGAGGAGACUUUUGUCUAUGAAUCUACAGCUAACUCAACGAAAAAUAGCUAUGAGCCGAUUAGCAGUAACAUUGGUAUGAAACAACCCUCCUUAGGGAAGCCAUACGGCAUACCUGUGAAAAUGAGUACUCCUAUGUUGAACAAAAACAACAAAUUAUUGGAACGUCUUAAAACAACUCGACAUAGUUCGAUCGCAGCACUGCCAUCUGUAGUUGUAGAUCAGGUCGCAACACCUACUGGACCGCAGAUGGCCCAAAAUCAGAUGCAGUUAACAAUGGACGAUUUGCGAAGUCUCCACUCAAGCAGACAGCGAGCAGUUCCUGCACAACAACAUUCUCAAACUGGACAAUCAGAUAUGCAAUCUGUGAACUCAAUAACUACGAAUCAGUUACCAUCAAACACAGCGGGCAAGCGUUUAAGUCUGUUGUCCUUGGGGAAAGUUGCAUCCGAGGCACGCCAAAGCCGAAAUAUUUCCACACAUUCAGGUAUGCUGAGGUUAUCUCAUAACGGCGGGAAUGGUAGUACAUUCAAGCUUAAAAACACGCAUUUGUAUCCUCUACGCACGACAGCUUCGCGUAUCUUUGAUGCUAAUGGAGCCUCCUUGAGACGGUAUUCAGGCGUUCCAGAUGACAUUAACUUAGAAGACUAUGUGGAACAGGAGAACGGAGAACUCACACCAAACAAAUUCACAUAUAGGUCUUCAUCUGAGUCGGAUACGGAAGACGAUGACAAUGUAAUGGAUGAAGAUGAGGCACAUGACUAUGUGGAAGAAGACGAAGAUGACGUACAUUCUAUGUUCUACUAUCACGGCAAUUCUAACCACGCAAAUAACCCUCUCUCAAAUACUAAUGAUGCAAGCGCAGGAAAUGAUAUUAAUAACACUCCUAACCACCAUCCAAGCACCGAAAUUAGUAACGUUAACGAUAAUAACGGUAGCGUGCAUGGUGGAAUUACAAACAGCUCUAACGUCCGUGGAAAUGGCAAGAGCAACAAUUCUAUCAACCCGUCUUCGCAGCUUUCUUUAAGUCGCAAGUUCAGGUCGCAUUACGGUGCAGUUGGAAAGUUUACUCACCCUUCCCAGAAAUUGGGCUAUGACCAGAAUGAUCACGGUAUGAUGCCUACUGAUGAAUUAGAAGCACUAUAUUAUUUCAGGAACAAUACCACUAAUGAUAAUGAUAAUCACAACACUCAUAAUAAUACUCAUAAUAUUAAUCAUAAUAAUAGUAAUAACGCCAGUAACGACAACACCAGUAACAAUAACAACAACCGUGCUCGUAACAGCAGUGCCAAUAACGGUCAUCGGAUUAACAACAUUGACUACUACUACUUGCCCGAUGAGUAUUCGCCACUCAAGGCGAAGAAAAGAAGGGCUCAAUCAAUGUAUUCAAGCUACUACAACCCGCAUAACUUCUAUACGAGGCGAUCGAAUUGGAAUAAGUUCAAAAGUUUUGUAUACCUAACUUUUAUUGUUACAAGUUUAUUGGCUAUGGGCUUCAUAUCGGGAUUCUUGCUGGCUACCAAUAAGGAAUUGCAUAAUUUUCAAAUCAACAUGAUUAACAACAUUCUAGUAUCCACGGAUGAGUUAGUCUUCGAUAUAACCGCGAGUUCCUUCAAUCCAGGGGUGUUCACCGUAGGCGUUCAAAACGUUGAUCUAGAUAUAUUUGCUAAGACCUCUCAUUUAGGCGAUGAUGAGGAUACUAACUCUCCAGGCGACGCUCGUGGUUCUGCAUACCAAACACUACUAUUAGGGAGUGUAUAUUCACUAGAAAGCCCAUUGCGCUUCCAAGGGGGAUUUUUUAAAAGGGGACACUAUGUUGCAAAAUCUACCGUAAAAUUGUUGCACCCGGGAGCAACCGACAACGAUCGCGAUGACUCGGCACCUAUUGUCACUGACCCAAGCUUUGUCGUCGACGCCACAACUAUAGACCCAAAUGGAAAGAAAGCUGAAAAUGAUGCGGAAAAAUGGAAAGCCUUGAUAAGGUACGAAUUCGAAUUGAUCCUAAGAGGCAGCAUGAAAUAUAAGAUUCCAUUAUUCAAAAGCGAGAAGUCUGUAGUUGUCCAAGCACAAGUGAUGGUAGAUCCCAACCGUUCCGAAAUCACCACUUAA